GAAACGAUUUAAAAGAAUUGCAAUGGGAAGAAAUUAGUAAAAGGAUGGGUACACAUUAUACAAUUGAGCAUGUAAAAAAACGGUGGAAUAACAUGAGAGGUACAUUUCUUGAUAAUGACAAAAAAAGAAGAGACUCAAAAAGAAGUGGUAGUGGCUCUGAGGAAAUUUUUAAGCCGAGAUGGCCUUUAUAUACAAAACUUGAAUUUUUAAAAAAAUCAAUCUCGUGUUCACCAAGUGUAUCCAAUUUAUUACCUACAGUACGUUUAUCAUCUCAAUUUGAAAAUGAAAAAGAAAAUCAGGAUCCCACUCUUCAAACUGAUAACAUUGAAAAUCCAUCUCAACAAACUUGCAUUAUUGACAAAAAAAUGCAAUAUUAUUUUGAUGAAAAGUUUCGAAACGAUCCUGAGAGUCCUACUUCCGUAUCCGGUAUAAGGGGAAAGAAACGCACAGAAGAUGAAGCACUUUAUGUAAAAAGAAGAACAUCCAAAAAGCAAAAAAGUGAAUCAACUAUGGAUGAAGCUGUUGAAGCGAUAAAACAGAUAGCCACACAGCCAAUGCAUUUUCCCCAAUCUGAUCGGCAGGAUGCUAUUGACUAUUUUACAGCUUACAUUGGGGCUAAGUUGAGAGAAAUGUCCCCUGAGACUAGAAAGCGUUUAGAGGAAGAAAUUAUAAAACUACUAUUUACUACUAAUUAAGACAAAAAAAAGUUAUAUAAUUUUUUCUGUCUAAAAUUUAUACAAUGUCUUGUUAGCACAUCUUUGUAGCGCAUAUUAUUUAUAUAAUGUAUGCUUACGUGUGCAGGUGUGCACAAGAGGUUGUCUUUCUAAAAAACUAAAGAUUUUUGUGAAAAAGAGAUCACGCAUGCAUGUGUGUGUUUUAUACACACAUAAUAUACACUUUUGUGAUAUGCGCUAACAAAACUCUUUUUAAUGAACCACGCAUUGAAAAUUAAAACUUACGAAUUAAAGAUUAGAAUUUAAUCAUAACAUAAGAUUAAAAUUAUUUAAUUGACAGUGUUUAACAAACGUUUUGUUGGAAGUUUUCUUCACCGAAAUAAAGUUAUUUUUCUAGAUAUAAAAUACAAUCCAAUUAACUCGAACAAAACUUUCAAGUUGCAAAAUAAGCAUUCUGUACAUUAAUUGGAU